CUGCCGAAUAUGUGUUCCGUGUUUGUCUAUUCAUUUUUGCUGGCUCGUGCGGCGCUAUGGGGAUUGACUGGAGGUUUAAUUUACCAUCGGCAGACCUCAUACAAGUAAAUCAAACUUGUCCCACGGAGGAUAAGCAACGUAGCGGCUGGCUUAAGCUCACGCUAGCUGUACUCUACAGCGGGUCUUCCCGCCAACAAUGGCUUUGAAUACGGCGAAGAGCCUCGCAAACGGGCCGCCCCAGGGGAACUGCCGUCGACUUACCGUGGUGUUCUGUAACGACACCACGGGCAUCAACCAAAUAUAGAAAUAGCACCGCUAUUGGUAGCACUAGACAAGGUGUCAAAUUAAAACAAAAAGCAGUGGCAAACAUGUGCAAAGAGUGCAAUGGUGCGCACCUAACGAAAAAAAAAAAAACAAAUCAUGGCCAAGUAACUUACAAGCUCGAUCCAUCGGCUGAUUUCGUCCAACUGCGCCGUAGCAGAGCGUAGCACUGGCGAGUGGUAAGUUACAGGGCACAUCAGUUCCCGUGCCCAACAGUUCAUGCGCCUCCCAGCAGUGCAGCUACAGCUACAGCGUCAACCAGCAUCAAGGAUCGCCUUCCACAGGGCUACCGGUUGGCCCCCAUCACAAACUUAGUUUCUACUGCAGCGUACUACAGAGAUCCACUAACCUGUAGGAACCAUCGGCAGACAAGCUUCCACAAACAUGGACGAACGUCGUAGCGUAGUGCCACUGAUCGCGACUUUAGCAGCUUAGCAGAGAGGCUUCAAGCCAAUUUUGUGCUGCUGCCAAUUCCAUCAUUGGCCGUGUCUGCGCUAAUGCUUCCACUCAACCCAGGUGAUCGGCUCAGGCACGCCAUCUUUAUCCAGCCCGUCUUAUGCCAGACGGCACGGCGCUGCGGGAAAAAGAAAAGACGGUCAGUAGCGCGGCUGAGCUCCCGUCUCUAUAUAUUGCGCGUAGGGGGAAUAAAAAAUUCUCCGGUGGGUGAUGGUCAGCCAGAUGUCAAAAUCACCAGCUGGGCAAAUUCAGCAAGCAAAUAUGCCACAGUACGAUUCUAUCGGUGUCAAGUACGAUAUUGUAGACGGGCUCCCUUUCAAGAUUCUGGAGGCCCGGAACGCCGAAGCAGUUCUCCGACCGCUGCUUCCUUCUUCCGACAGAAUCCUAGAAUUUGCCUGUGGCUCUGGAUAUUACACAGAACGGCUAGUAUCAUGGGGCGCCAAGAAGCUGACCUGUGUUGAUAUCUCAUCGGAGAUGUUGAAUCUGGCUCGUUUGCGAAUGAAGGACCAGGUCGCAUCGGGCCAGGUCCGGUUUGUUCAGGCGGAUGGCUCCAAAGUCCAGAGCUUUGCUCCAGACCAGUCCAUGGCUUACCAUGACACCGUCUUCGCCGGAUGGCUUCUCAAUUAUGCAAAGACGGCUGAGGAGCUGGAGCAUAUGUUUCGGAACAUCGCCGCCAACCUCCGAUCCGGAGGCUACUUUGUCGGCGUCGUAUACCCCCAUACCGACGCCGCCGGCCUCCUCCACCGUCAGAGCCUGUACGGAAAACCACCAAUGGAUCGAAUCCCUCCGCGAAAUGAAUGGGUGGAAUCGGUUCCUGAGCAAGGCUGGAAGCUUCGCAUACACUUCAACGCUGACACCGUGUUUGACUCGUGGCAUUUGCAGGGAAGCAUCUACGACGAGGCGAUGCGAGCAGCUGGCUUUGACGUGGCGAAUGCCACUUGGAGGCAAGAACCUGUUGAGAAUGAAUGGAAGGAUAGGUUGAAUCUAACAGAGGAGGAAUGGCUUACAUGGAAGGCAUGCCCACAAUGCGUCAUACUCAAAGUCCAAAAGUUGUGAAGGCAUUGUCACCAUUCACCCUUUGAAAACAACAAAUCAUUUCGGCUGUAACACGGGAUCCUGGAUAUACCAACGUUCUUGGGGACGAUUGACUGACUCGUAACAUACGUGACAAUGAAUUGCCGGCGUACCAAGAGCCGGAUAUGUCAGCCUUUGGAGUUGAGAGGUUAUUAGCGGCGCCUUGCCUUUAGGCAAAGUAGAGGCAGCCACGGUAAUAGCGUUAGACUUGCGAAAUUGCACGUUGCAACCCUGCUGAAGCUCCCCUGUUCAAGUAGCCCACAAAUAGAUCUGUUCCUGGUCAUAGUCGGCCAUGGCACGGAGACCCCGUGUUUUCCACGCUUAACACGCCCUAAGUGGCCCCGUCCAGACGAUGCUGUAAACAGGACUAAACGACGCUAGCCUACUAAACUCCUUUGGAUCAAGGGGUGUACAUCGGCGGGGUCCGGUUUGUCAAUUGACGAUGGGAUCCAAGCUAUAUGGGUACUUUAUAUUGCUGGCCAAUGUAUUGUAUAGGCAAGUAACCGAGAUAUGAUUUUGGAUUGUCCGUUGUAAAAAGCCAUGCGUCAGCAGCCUUUAGCCCCGAGACACUGCCAUCUGUCCACGGCGAGACUGGCAUCAAUUGCUGGCGCGAAUCUCGUUUCUACCUAUUUAUUUUUUAACCUUUUUACAUGUCCUUCAGCCACGCCACCAGGGGCGCUCGGCUUAGGUCUCGUCUGCGUAGCCCUGUAGAGCCUUGGGCUUGCUGAAUUCAGCCGGCGAGAAGGCUUGACGGCGUGCGCUGAACUUUUCAGUGCUUAACAGGGGUAGUGCACCGGCCGAAAUGGUGUAGGAGGGAAUCAGUAGCUCAGCCGGGCUAACUAGUAAGCCGAUGCCACUGUGUGGUCUGACCACCGGCCGUGGCGCACUGGUAACAGGCUCGUCCGAAUCUGUGCUGGAGCCCGCUG